AUGGGUGUAGAUUACGGAACUUCAGAGAUUGCCGACCACGCACUUGCCCUUGCCCUUUCUCUCCGCAGAGGAAUUAUCCUCCAUCACGAGAGCCAACGCGCCAAACCGGCGGCCGUGUGGACAUAUAUCGAUACACCACUAGUUGCUCGAAUCCAGCGUACAACAUUUGGCAUCAUCGGACUGGGCCUGAUAGGAACUGCAGUCGCUUUACGUGCACGUGCAUUUGGAUGGAAUGUUCUAUUCUAUGAUCCAUAUGUACGAAACGGUAUAGACAAAUCACUCGGAUUGGAGCGGACCAGAGAUCUUGAAACCCUGUUCAGACGCAGCUCAGUUGUAAGCGUGCAUUGCCCAGCGACUCCAGAGACUAGGAACAUGGUCCGGUAUGAGCUACUCAGUCUGCUGCCCAAAGGUGCGAUUCUAGUGAAUACUGCGCGCGGAGAAGUGGUGGAUUUGGAUGCUGUGGAACGUUGCUUAAAGGAAAAUAUUCUCAGUGGCGCUGGGUUGGACGUAGUGCCAGCUGAGCCGUUGCCGGUUGAGGGCGCUAUUCAUCCCUUAUUACAGGCGUAUCGUGAUAGAGCAGAAUGGCUGAAGGGGCGUUUGGUGGUAACUCCCCACAGUGCAUUUCAUAGUCCUGAAAGUCUGCUGGAUAUACGUGUGAAGAGCGCGGAGACAAUUAGGGAUGUCUUAAUACACGGGUCCCGGUUGAAUGUGAUACCACCACCGGACCUUUCGCCCAUUUGA